AUGGUGGUCAGUGAACUACAGAAGGCAGCCCUGGUCAAGUCCGUGCUCCACUCCCACAGGGACCUGCUUCAGGCUCUGAGCCACAGCCUGGAGCCCAGGAAGGACAAGGAAGAAGAAAAAAAGUCAACAAGAGACCAAGACGCCCAUGGAGACUGUGGAUCAGGGCAAUUUGAGGACUCAGCUAUCAUGAAACUAUUGAAAUCAAGAGAACAACAGCCUGAGAAUGAGAACAUAGUGUCAGAAUUCCAGAAGAGCAAAGGUGCCAAGUCUGGAAUUCCUCAGGGCCAAGUUCGCUUUCCUCUCCACAGUGAGGCUCAGCAGGAGGCAGGCAGAAGGCCUUGGAACCACUCCUCCACCACUGGCUUUGUCCUCACUAGACUUUUCAAUGAGAGCCAGAUGCACCUGUUCCUCUUCAGCAUGGUGGUGUUGGUCUACAUCCUCACCAUGGGUGGCAAUGCCACCAUGGUCCUCCUGAUCUGGGCCGAUGCCCAGCUCCACAAGCCCAUGUACUUCCUCCUCAGCCAGCUGUCCUUCCUGGACAUCUUCUUUUCUUCAGUCACUGUCCCCAAGAUGAUAGUGGCCUUCCUCUUUGAUUGGACGAGCAUCUCUUUUGGGGGCUGUGGGGCACAAAUGUUUUUCUUCAUGUUCCUGGGAGCUGCAGAGUGUCUCCUGCUGGCCCUCAUGGCCUAUGACCGCUAUGUAGCCAUCUGCAACCCUCUGCGUUACCCAGUGCUUAUGAGCCGUCGCGUCUGCCUGCUCAUGGUUGUGAGCUCCUGGCUGGGAGGGUCCCUCAAUGCCUCCAUCCAGACCUCGCUAACCCUGCAGUUCCCCUUCUGUGGCUCACGAAAGGUUACCCACUUCUUCUGCGAAGUGCCUUCGCUGCUGAUGCUGGCCUGUGCAGACACAGAGGCCUAUGAGCAGGUGCUCUUUGUGACAGGUGUGGUGGUCCUCUUGGUCCCCAUUGCCUUCAUCACCACCUCCUAUGCCUUCAUUUUGGUGGCUGUGCUCCAGAUGCACUCUGUGGAGGGGCGUCAGAAGGCCCUGGCCACCUGUUCCUCCCACUUGACAGUAGUCAACCUCUUCUAUGGGCCCCUUGUCUACACCUACAUGUUACCUGCAUCCUACCACUCUCCUGGCCAGGAUGAUGUCGUAUCUGUCUUCUAUACUGUUCUCACACCCUUGCUCAACCCUGUCAUCUACAGCCUCAGAAACAAGGAAGUGACUGGGGCAAUGAAGAAGGUCAUAGGAAAGUGUGGUGUCCGUAGGAAUGCUUGA